GAUCAUAAAUAUCAUGGCUCCAAGAAAUAGUUCUCUUGUUUUGGUUGGUUUUCUGUUGAUUGCCCUCUUUUCCAGUUUUUCUGGGACCGCUCAAACAUCAACACUUUGCGUGAAGAAUGGGGUGGUUACUGUUAACGCUGGAAUAGGUGGAACUGGUGACGAACUUUGUUCUGAGACCGCUGAAACAAUAGCAUUUAAAGAUCUUUGCAAAAAGGAUGGGGGUACUGUAACUGCUGGAAGUGGUGGACCUGGUGACGUUCUUUGUUCUGGUACUUGCAUUUUCGGAGUUGUGCCGUUAAAACUUAAAAAAGAAGGUUGCGUUACAGAACCAUGUCCAAUUGAGGAAACCCCAUGUGAUACCUCGGCGUGUGGUUCGUGCUGUUGUGCUUAAUAAUCCUAUGUAUGCUUUAUCUUUUUCGUUUAUGUUAUGAUUCAAGAAAUAAGGUACCCGAAUUUAAGUAGUCAAACUCGGCCUGAGUUCUUUGCGAGUACUGAUAAGUUGGUCGAGCUGGUUCUGAAAUUUCAUAGGAGGCUUACCGGGUUUGGUGUGUGGUUGUGUUUGAGUUUUUACUGGCUUUGUUCGUUUGGAUUGAUUCCUCCUAUAAUGUUAAAUAUAUGUAAUGUUGUAUUUACAUUGUUUUCGUGGUAUAUGCUUUGCUUAAAUGGCACGGGUAAUGAUUAUCGACGUAUGUGAAAAA